ACCACGGGAAUGAACAUUCCCAGAGUUAUCCCGAGCCUUUUUAUCCCGGGGAUCCCGGUCAGAAACCCCUUUUCCUCCCUCAUUCCCGAGGUUUUUCCCUUCUCCCAGAGCUCUCCGGGAUGGACGAGGAGCACCUUGACGACGACCUGCGAGUGGUCAAAGGCCGUUCCCUCCUCCCGCGCUGCCUCCGCUCCUUCCUGCCCGUGUACGUCCUGCUGGGCCUCUCCCUCCUGCUCAGCAUCUCCCUCUGCGCCCUCUCCCUCUCCAGAGUUUCAGCCGUUUCCUCCAAACUCCUCGAGGUGAAUCCGGAGCGGGGGCAGAACUUUUCCAACCGGGAUUCCCUCCUGUUUCCCUGCGGGCCGGAUUCCCGGGAAUGGGAAUAUUUCCACGGGAAGUGUUACUAUUUCUCGCUGGGCCGCGCCAGCUGGUUCCGGGCCAAGGCUCAGUGCGAGGAGCUGGGAUCGCACCUCGCCGUCAUCGACAGCUUCGCCGAGCAGAGCUUCAUCAUGUUCCGGACGCGGAACGAGCGUUUCUGGAUCGGCCUCACGGACCGGAAUUCCGAGGGGGAUUGGGAAUGGAUCGACGGCACCGACUACAAAACCACCUUCACGUUCUGGAAGGAGGGGGAGCCCAACAACAGCGGGAAUAACGAGGACUGUGCCCACGUCUGGAUCGCCGGGAAGUGGAACGACGUUUACUGCACCUACGAGUGUUACUUCGUGUGCGAGAAGCCCCUGCCCCGCUGAGGGCCGGCGGGAGCCGCCUCUCCCCCCCUAAUUUAUGGAAUCCCGCUUUUCCCGGGAUUCGGGACCCGGUCGGGUGUCCCCGCGCGAUAAAAGCGGGAAUUCGGGGGCUCCCCGCGGAGCUUCCGUGAAUAAAAGGAGGUUUUGUUCUGUU